GUGUUCUUACUCUGACCUCUAUUUAAGACUCCUUUCUUUUUGGCUGUGCGAGAAAUGAGAACCCAAUGUCCCUUUUAAUAGGAUUCUUGCACUUGCUCACCAUGAUGGGCACUUAAAUGUCGUUUCCAUAUUUGACUCGGUCAAUGAUUACAAUCAAUCUCUGAAUCAUUCAACCUUCUUUUCUUAUAAUCCUGCAACAAUAGCUGGUCAAACUUUUUCCUUUCUUGGAACCUGCAUUAUUAUAUAGCCAAACUUUCCUUAUUUGACUUCGCGAUUCCAUUCCUUCCUUACAUAAAUCUGAAUCAUUCCGCGAUCGGUAUACCAUAACUCAACCCGAUCUGAAAGCUUUUCAAGUGUUCACUGAACAUCCGAUACUUAGCCAACAUCCAGCUUACUCAUCUGAUCCUUCACGAAUACAAGUGCUUCCACACUUAGAAAAUAUAACUUUCUGCAGAGUAAAUUUCCUAUGAUCCAUUUCCUUCAAAGAUAAGAAUACUUUGGGGAGCAGGUCAUUAUACUUACCCUAUAGAGGAUUCAUGUUUGAGACUAGUGCCCACACACACUGGUUGAAUAUGUGUAUUCGUAGCUUUGGUCGAAUAUGCUUCAAGUCGAAUACACAUAUUCAACCAUAGUAUCCACCACAACGUCUACAUCCGGCAUACAAAAGUACAUAUAUUUGGCUAUUAUCUCUAUGUCACAUUAAAUGAAUUACACAAUGUUUAAUCAUAUGACUUCCUAUUUCUAUUUUAAGCAAACAACCUAAUAAUCUAAACACGCAGACUCCAAAUAUAUUCAAUUCAAACAGACUGAACAUAUUCGAAUUUAAUUAGGUAUAUUUAAAUUCCUUGUGGGAACCAAAAUUGACAUGUCAAUUUUAGUUAAUGGAGGAAAAUCGAGAUUAUCAGCUUUCCUUGAGGAUCGGGAUUCCCUGCGUAAACACACAAUUACGAAAAGAAAGAGAUAACAAACUAUAGUAAGAAAUUGUACAGAGGCGUUUUAUUGGUUAAGAUGAAUAAAGUUACAUAGUUUCACCAAAGAACAAGAUGAACAGGAAAAUCAUCAACAAUGGAGAAUAAGAGAACAUAGCAAAAAAACGUUCUAAGUACAGAACUUGCGAGCCUAACCGCCUAGUCCUAAGUUCUCCUAAAUCUAACAAAAAUCUCCUACGUCUAAAAUUCUCUGAUCCUUGCGCCUCUCAUCCUGUCUCUCCAUAUAUAUGCCUCUUAGGUCGAUCGUCUUUCCUUUUCUGCCCCUGAUUCGAGUUUAUCUCUUUGCGAAAAUAUUCCUUUUUUUCUCUCCGUCUUCAUGAUUAUCUUUGAAACUUCAUAUUUAUCUUCUCCUGCGAUUUAUUGGAUAGACCAUCAUUGAAAUUUGGGCUUAUCCUCUUUUAAAAUCGCAAGUGGCCUUUUACCGCGUUUUAGACCUCUUAGGGCCGUUUUCCGACAUACGUUUUUACAAUUUUUUUCAGAGAAAUCACCUUCGGUAAAAUGUUGGUUCUAUGGGACGAUGGGAACCAAUCGUAUAGUUUUUAUAAUGGUGUUAAGUUAAUCGUUAUCGUUUUAUACGAUUGUCUCUUUCCAAACUCAAAUUCCUUUUAUGGAUGAAGUGCAAUGCUAUAUAUCUGGAUGCACAACUUAUUUCUAUGCAGAAUUUCUUGAUGGCUUUGUCUGGGAUACGAAGAAACGAGAUUAGAGACCUUGACGUUGGAUUUGGACACGUGCAUUUGUCAUUGCUAAAUGUCCCGAUUGUCUCGGUGAUCCUACGUUGAUCUUACGACUAUUAAUGGUUUUUUUUAUCAUACAUGUAAAUAUGCUUACAUUGCAUUCGUAUUUGAUAACGUCACUAAUCGCAUCUUUUCUCUGAUAUAUUUUUCUAAUAUUUAAUGAUUUUCUUUUUAUUUUAAAUGCAUAAUAAUUAAUAAAGUAAAACAGUUGGGUGAAAUCUUAUCGUCAUGAUUAAGAGUUGUAUUGUGUUUUAUUUAUCAACCAAUAUUAAUAUAAAACAUCAAAAAUGAUUUGUUAAUGCAUAUCUACUAUCUGAAAAGCUAUACAACAUCAACUUUGCGUAAAACCGUAUAUGAUGUUAUCGGAUUACUUGAUAACAUCAGUUCCAAUAGAUUCUCACAUUCAUUUAUUCUCUUCAUUAAAUUAUAGAUUUUGGUAUUAUUAAUAUACUAAUUUCGAAGCCAAUAUAUUUUUGUUGUUAAAAUUCAAAAUAUGUGAAGUUAUUUACACUGAGGGAAAGGUAUUCUCAAAUGGAAUUAGAUAUUUUCGAAUUUGUUUCUACAUGUGAGUGUUCUCUUCUUUUAAUCAACACUAGACCCUGUCCCGCGCGCCAGCACGGGUAUAAAUUUUUUGUUUUUGGUUAUUUAUUUAACUAAAUGAUGUAUUUGUAAUAUUUGAUGUAUUAUAUUCACCAAGUAAAUAAUUUUUUUGGCGUCUUAAACCAUAUAUUUAUGACGAAUAUUCUAUAUCAUAUAAAAAAUUGAACAAAUACAUGUAAUUAGAGAAUUGUAGAUGAUAUAUAAAAACAAAGGUUAUUAAUGUAAAAUAUGAUGAAAUAUUAUAUUAUGACUUAAUAUGGCAUAAAAGAUUAUAAAUUAGUUAUAUAUGUUUAAAGAAAAUACAAUGGUUUUUAAACUUCUAUGAAAAAAUUAACAUAUAAAAAAGGGUGUAAUUAAUUCUUAUAGAAUUUAACAUAUAAAAUAGGUACAAUUAAAAUACGACAUUGAAGAUAUUAUGUUUUGAUUAAUAAAAGAUAUUGGAUUUUGAGUUUGUAUUUUAUAGAUUUAUUUUUUUAUAAAGCUUAGAAAAUCAAUAGGAUGAUUGAUUGGUUGAUACAUCCUAUAAAGAAAACGAAAACUAUAGGUGAUUUGAAUAUUGUACAUCGAUCAAUGCAUGAUGUAAAUUGACUAUAUAAAACUUGAGCAUGGUCAUUUCAAACUAAAGUAUAGGUAGGUUAUAUGCAUUUUUUAUAUUGUAGUUAAUAUAUUUUAAAUAUUACAUACGUCAAGUGAUUCAUGUUUUCGUAAAAAUAAAAUUCAAGUUCAUUAUUGGGCUGUACUCGUCCGUUAUAAGCUACGUUAAAUAUGAUGUAUUUUAGGUUCAUUUAAUGACAUUAAGUUUAAAUUUGAUUAGAAAAAACUCAUUAAUUUAACUGGAAAAGACAAGCACUAAAAUAGGUAUAUUCAUUUAAUGACAUUAAGUUUAAAUUUGAUUAAGGAAGCUCAUUAAUUUAACUGGAAAAGACAAGUUUUUUUUUGUCAUCAACUAUACAGACUCAUUUUGACUCUGUAAACCAAACCGGGUGAUCUGCAUCCAUGUGAACGACAAGCAUUAAAAUAGGUAGUUUAAUUUAAUUUUCAGUGGCAUGGAAGUGUAAAUAAGUUAGAAAAAUUAGGGUAUUUUUUAAUGGGUACUUCUCUUUUAAUAAUAUAGAUGACAAUUUAUACAUCUUUGUCCACUCUGAAUCCAACACAAGAAAACACUCAACGUAUUCAAGUUAAACUACUACGAAGAUGGAAAACCAAAUCACCAUAUCCUGGAUUAUACAACUUGAAAUUGAUUUUGGUUGAUUUUGAGGUUACAUGUUUAACUAAAUUUUAAGUUAUCUACUAUACUUUAGAAUAAUUUGGUAGCAUGUAGAAAUGGAUGACUUUUAUUGUUGUAAAAUGUUUAUUCGAGGGGAUAGUUUAGUAGCAUGUAUGUCUUUUAUUGUUGCACCAUGUCUUCAGAGGAAUAGAAUCCAAGAAACUAUUCCUCAUGAAUGUGUGAUAUACUUAGUCGAUGACUUCCGGGAAAACAAUUGGUAUUCUAUCAAGGAUUUCAAGAUAAAAACAAACGUUGGCAGAACCAGGACAAUCAAUUAUAAUAUCUUUAAACUCAAAUUCACUAUAUCAACCAUCGUUAAGCAGAUUGCUUAUGUAUCAUCUUUCUACUAUCCUUCGAGAUUCGCUGAUAUUAUCAAUAGAGGCUUACUUUCAAAACGUCUGUUGGAGAGUAAUAAUAAGUUACAUUAUUCAAAACAUUCCAGUCGUUGUGUUUGUUUAAUGAAAAUAUUUAUUUCUGAUGUUAUUGGCAUGUUAAUUAGUGUAUACCACUUCAAAUCCAUUUGAAUAACCAAACAAAGAAAAACGAUCUUGCAUUCAUGAGUUUCUCUAUUGAAGGAUACAUAUAGUCAUUGUUAUUGUAUACAUAUACAUAUAAUAUACUAUUUAAUCGUAACAUGUUUGUUAUACAUAGCGAAUGUAGAAUCGAAUGCCAAGCAGCAGGUGACGUUGCCGUUCAGUUCAGUUUGAGCGACAACAAGUUUGUGCUCAACAAUCAGCAGAACCUUAAAUAUGUUUAUUACGAUUUUGGCAUAUAUAUUGAUCAGUUCCUAAAUGUUAUUCUUUUGUUUGUAUUUAUUUGAAAUAUUAAGUAUAGCCCGCAUUAGUCUUUAAUAUUAGAUUUACCUCCAAGUUAGUUAUUUUUACAAGUUUCGAUGAAUAUCACCAAGUACUGUGGAACCUUGAUGUGCUUGAAGUUAGUGAACUACGAUCAUUGUAUGUUAUAUACUAAUUAUUUAAGUAUAUAAGUAUCAAAUAAUAGAAAUAUAAUACUGAUUACAUUAUACGCAUGUUCUUCUUUGCAAAUGAAUCAAACUAAGACUCAUCAGACUAGAGUGAUCGUGGUGUCGGGAACUAAAAUGGGAUCAAUAUUAUGUUUAAACUUUUUAUUUAAGUUAAUGUAUAUAAUUUCAUUAUAAGUUGAUUCUAUUGCUCCUAUAUUUAAUUGAUCACCAAAUAAUAUAUGCCGUCUGGAUACUGCAUAUCAACAUGCAUGAAUUAUUUAUUUUAUAGAUAUGUAUGAUAUAAAUUUAAACAUCAAUCUAAAAUGAUUAGAAUGUAAAUUAAAUGAAGUUUAGAAGGCCUCAAAUGUGGAACCCUAAAAUUUGAAUGAAGUUUCAGUAUUAAGAUCCUCAAAAUUUAUGGUUUUGGGGGUAGGGUGGAGAGCAUACAGUUGAUUAUGAGCAAUCAUAUAAAUGCAUACAAUCAAUCUAACAAUCAUACUAAUGUCGAAACAGAUGGUUCAAUAGUGGUUCUGGAAACAAAAAUUAAUUCGACAUUAUAUUGAAUAUCUCAUUAUAGUUUAAUAAUAUUUUGACUAUAUUUUUCAUACCAAGUUAUAUAUAAAUCUCUUCAUACUGCAUAUAAACAUGCAGAAUGAUGAUAGAUUACAUAUACAUAAGAUAAUACAACAUAUCCUUGUCAGGAAUCAUAAAAAUGUAAAUAUCAAUCUAAUUAUCAAAUUAAUAUUCACACAAACGUCCGGACCAUCCACCUAAUUGAUACAUAUCGUAUAGCUUGUAUUGUUAUCAUGCUCUAUUUAUGUGUAUUUAAUUAUAAUUUUUUAGGUUAUAUAAUCAAAUUUCCCGAAUUUUGUGUCUUUUCCUUUUCUUCAGCCCAAAGAUUAAAGGCGAGGUCACUUGAGUAGAUGUCAAAGGCGUGAGAGACGAAGAAUUAGUUGACUUUAUUUUAUUCAACCGAUUCAUUAAAGAAAAAAAAAGCCUAGCUGGUAUCGGGAACGCGCGCCAACUGCUAUCGGGUCGCGAACGGUGAUCGUCUGUCGCGAACGAGCUGGAGCUGAAAUCGGGAACAUUAGCUGUCCAAGCUGAGAUCGUCGCAAGCUGUCUUUGAUCGGGGUGCGAACAAGCUUGGAUCGGAAAUGUUUGAAUCCGGUAUGGUAGUUCUCGAUCGGGAUUAGGUGUUCGCCGGCUAGGGUUUAGAUCGUCGGGUUUUAGGGUUCAAAUUGUUUAGCUUAGGGUUUAGAGUUUCGUGAUGAUAACGUGUUGUAAAAUAAGAGAAUAUAAUCUCUAUGUUUCUAUAUUAUUCAUAAAUAUAAGAAGCCCUUUAUAUAUAGGGAAUUACACCGUCAUAGAAUACAAAUAUGGAAAGAGUACAAAUCAUAAGUCUAAAGGAAAAGGGAAACUAGAGUUUCCAGCCACCGGCUCUCUCUCUCUCUCUCUCUCUAGGGCACCGGCUCUCUCUCUAAGUAUGGGCCACUUAUGGACAUUCACAAUGUGAUUUAUAACAUUGACUUUAUUUCAUUCAACCGAUUCAUUAAAGAAAAAAAAGCCUAGCCCGUUAAAAAGUCGUCACAAAUAAGCAAAGAGACUUGACCUCGAUUAGAGGGUUCAACGUCACUUUCACUGUCACUCUCUCGUGGCAAACCUAUCAAGAGCGGGAAUUGAAUUAUUAAAACGAGUAAUGAUAUGAAUAUCAUCAUCACUCGUUACUUUCUCGAGCUUAACCUACACCACAUAUGGAUGGGAAAGUUGCGUCUAGUGCGUUGAAAUAUCAAAGGAAAUCUGCAAAGCGUCUAAGGCGAUAGCUCACAACCCGGGGACCUUCAAGGUGUGGAGAUACCUAACGAGAAAUCGCGUAUGUGGCGUUGGAUGUUCUAUAAGAUAAAAUAACACAUCUCCGCUUUGUGGACCAUUUAUCAAUUAGUCUUAACAAGAGACUUUGUCAGGUUAAGCUUUAAAAUUCCUCCAUGAAUGUAAAAAAGUAUUCCACGGAUCUAAAGUCACCAACGUCACCCUUUUCACACAUCAACAACAAAAUCAAAGAAAACAAACAAAAAAAACACGACGCACUUAGUCUUCACAAGGGAGACUUGGAAAAUCAAGCUUUAAAUUCCUCCUUAUAUAUGCACUUGUGUCGUCCAUACCAGAAAGAUGCUCUUUUGGAGUUUAAGAACGAGUUCCACUACAAUGUGAUGGCUGGGAAGACAGAGAGCUGGAGGAACAACACUGAUUGCUGUUCUUGGAAAGGCAUAUCAUGCGAUCCUAAGACGGGCAAUGUCGUGGAGUUAGACCUCCAAGACAGUUUUCUCAAUGGCCCUUUGAGAUCAAAUAGUAGUCUGUUCAGGUUACAACAUCUUCAGACCCUGGAUCUUGGCUUGAAUAAUCUUACAGGUAUUCUACCAGCUUCCAUCAGCAAUCUCAAAUAUCUAAGGAAUUUGACACUUUACAAUUGCAAUCUCUUUGGAAAGAUUCCUUCUUCACUUGGAAAUCUUUCUUAUCUCACUGAUCUUGAUCUCUCGGUUAAUGAUUUCAAUGGUGAACUACCCGGUUCAGUGGGGUACCUGAACCGGCUAACAGAGUUGCGACUAGUGUCGGCCAAUCUCAGUGGGAAAAUUCCUCUUGCACUACUCAAUUUGAGUGAGCUCACUUGGAUCGACCUUCGUUCUAACAAGUUCGAAGGUAUGCUUCCAUCUAACAUGAGUAGCCUCUCCAAACUGAUUUAUUUUGAGAUUUCGGGAAACUCAUUUUCCGGUUCUGUUCCGCCGUCUCUCUUCAUGAUCCCUACGUUGGUUGAUCUUGAUUUGGGGAGAAACGACUUCACCGGUCCUCUCGAGAUCGGGGACAUCUCAUCACCCUCUAAACUUCGUGUUUUAUACCUUGGAGAAAACAAUUUCAAUGGUCCAGUCCCAAGAUCCUUGUCAAAACUAGCCAGCCUCGUGUCCCUUGACCUCUCUUUCUGGAACACAAGGAGGGGCAACGUGGAUUUCACCAUUUUCUUGCAUCUCAAGUCACUUAAGUUACUUCACCUCUCUAAUAUGAAUACCAAAACUAUGGUUGACUUGAGUCUUCUCUCACAUCUCAUGUCACUUGGUGACUUGGAUCUUUCAGGGAUUAAUUUGAAGAUCAAUCCAACUCUCAAUCUUCCCUCGCCCAUAAAAUUCUUGGCUUUAUCAUCAUGCAGUAUUGCUGAGUUUCCCAAGUUUAUACAAUCCCAAACCAGAUUGAUCUACUUAGACAUUUCCGCCAAUCAAAUUGAAGGCCAAGUACCAGAGUGGCUAUGGAAGCUGCCAGUGUUGUGGUACGUGAACAUUUCUCAGAACUCCUUCAACGGUUUUAAAGGAUCAGAAGACGUUAUUCAAAAAAGUGCAAAAGUAAUGCUUGAUAUAAGUUCAAACACAUUCCAAAAUCCGUUUCCUUUGUUGCCAGUGUCUCUGAUGUACUUCUCAUGCUCUGAUAACCGGUUUCCGGGGGAGAUAUCUAGAGAGAUAUGCAAAUUGGUUUAUCUUGAUACACUUGUUUUGUCCAACAACAACUUCAAUGGUUCUAUUCCUCGGUGUUUUGAGUAUUUCAAUACUACUCUUUCGGUGCUGAAUCUUCGGAACAAUAGUAUCUCUGGUGUUUUUCCAGCGGAGUCUAUAUGUGUUUACUUGCGAUCACUUGAUGUUGGUCACAACAAGAUAUCCGGAGAACUUCCAAAGUCUCUAAUCAACUGCACUCGUCUCGAGUUUCUUAACGUAGAAGACAACAUGUUCAAUGACAAGUUUCCAUUCUGGUUGAGGUUAUUACCCAAUCUACAAAUUUUAGUCCUUCGCUCUAACCAUUUCCAUGGCAAAAUAUUUUCUUCUGGUGCUUCUUUGAUUUUUCCCAAGCUGCGAAUAUUUGACAUUUCAAGAAAUCUCUUCACUGGAGUCUUGCCUUCAGAUUACUUUGCGGGUUGGAGUGCAAUGUCAUCAGAUGUAGGAAUUGUAGAUAGUACACCGGAUAGGAUAUUGGGACGUGGCUCUGGUUUCUAUCAUAGGUCGGUAGCUCUAACAAACAAAGGGUUAAAUAUGGAGCUGGUUGGGAGUGGUUUCAAAAUCUACAAAAGCAUUGAUGUCUCUGGAAACAGGAUCGAAGGAGAUAUUCCGACAUCCAUCGGCUUACUCAAAGAACUCAUUGUGCUAAACAUGUCAAACAACGUUUUCACUGGCGGCAUUCCACCAUCCCUGGCGAGCUUGACCAAUCUCCAAUCAUUGGAUCUAUCUCAAAACAGAUUAUCUGGUGAAAUUCCACCAGAGCUUGGGAAGCUCACGUUUCUUGCGCGGAUGAACUUCUCAUACAACAUGCUUGAAGGUCCAAUUCCACAGGGCACUCAGAUUCAAAGCCAGAAUAGUUCUUCAUUUGGAGAGAAUCCCGGGCUCUGCGGUUUUCCUCUCGAAGAAACCUGUGGAGGAAAUGAGGAAGAAGCUACUAAGAAAGAGGAAGAUGAAGAAAAGGAAGAAAAAGAUCAAGUAAUAAGCUGGAUUUCAGCUGCAAUAGGCUACGUACCUGGUGUGCUAGGUGGACUCGCCAUUGGCCAUAUCCUGCACUCAUAUAAAUUUGGCUGGUUCAUGAGCAUCUUUCACUAUUUUACUUAAUCAAGCAUAUUAGUUCCUUGAUGUUUCGACAUCUAUAUAACUAUCUCCCAACGUAUACGUUUUAUUGUAAAUAAUUUGUUUUGCAAAGUAGUCGAAACAAAACAAAACAAAAAUAUAGUUAUAUUAUAAAAAAGUUAUAAAUGGAUCAAUUAUCUCCACGAUUUUCGUCAUUAACAACCUGAAUUAUCUUAAAUUUUUAUUUGUGUAUAAGCAAACUAUAGAUAUCAACAAGAUGCAGGAGGUGCCUUAUGAUAAUAUACAUUUUAGUUGUCUCUGUGUAUACUGAUCGGUUAUAGCUUCAUCAUCAAGAAAAAAGUUGCCAAGAAGUCUGUUGUAAGCGGUGUCCAAGCAGGUUCUGAUUUUGUUUAACUAGUCAGGUGAAGAAGGGUACGGAUAUUUAUAUGAACCUGGGGCAUGGGAUGGAAUGGUAACCAGUAAGCUUUGAUUAAUAUCCUCUGUAAUGCUUUUGGGAAAUUCUGCCGCAAAUAUUUAGACCUGUUUGCUAACAAUAAAUGUUUUCCUGUUUUAAAAUUUAGCAAUUUUUCAAUCAGAAGCACAUAACUGAUGCUGAUAAAUAUGUAUCUUUUCGUCCUUCUGCAUGUUUUUUGCAUAAGCUCUGUUCUUUUCAUGAACACUGCGACUAGCGUCAGCGUCAAGAAAAUUAUACUUAUCAACCAUGGCGGACACAACAUCAGUGAAACAACGUCAACUUCUUUUCCAGUCGUGCGGCAAUCAGCAGAGAGUGAAACGGACGCUGGAAAUUUUAGCGUCAGCUACGUCUCAGCUUUUUCUGAUGCUGACGCUGAUCGCAGAAACAGUUAUUAUUAUAAAAGGAUGGGGGAAAUGCUUUUAGCUUUUUUGUCAAAUGUUUCAGUAAGACUUGGAAGUUUUGUUAUUUUCUGGCACAUCAUGAUUCUAUCAGACAGUAACCUAUAAACUUGGACGAGUAACAUCAAUGGCGGUGGCUAACUUUAAGCUACAAGAAAGAUUGCUCUGAAAUCAUAUGUUUAUGAUAAUGUCGUUAACUUUAAGCUUGUUUACAGGGAAUUAGAGGAUACAAACAAGCAAAAGCAUAAAAAGAGUCUGAAACUCUGUUGAAUUAUAACAACAUGGAUGGAGCUUGGUUAUGAGAUGGAGCUGGUUGGGAGUGGUUUCACAAUCUAUAGAACCAGCAAUGUUUUGGAUAACAGACUCGUAGGAGACAUCCCAAAUCCACUGGGUUUCUCAAGGAAUUGAUUGUGCUCAACAUGUCAAACGACGCUUUCACUUCUACUUUAUUCCAUUAUAUCUGUAGACUGUAGUGAACUUGACCAAAAUCAUUUGGGGCCCGUUUGUUUCUCCAUCUCUAUCUCGACGAGUCAUCUGGAUGAAGAUGAGAGUUUUGUUUGUUUAGGUACUAAAAGUGCAACUCAUUCAAAUGGAUCAUCCGGAUAACUUUUGGAAA